AUGAUGUUGCUACCGCGGGAGAUGGAGAAGUUAGGGCUUCAUCAAGCUGGGUUCCUUGCCCAGAAGCGUCUUGCUCGUGGUAUUAGGCUCAAUUACACCGAAGCUGUAGCUCUCAUUGCCACUCAGGUCGAAGGGACGUUUCAUGACGGUCCAAAGUUACUCACAGUUGAUAAACCGAUUUGUAGCGAAAACGGGAAUCUUGAAUUAGCUUUACAUGGAUCAUCUUUCCUUCCAGUUUCAAGAUUGUCAAAGAAACCAGCCACGAAAGUCUCUUCCUUUGGACGAAAAUUUCACUCCUGUGGCAGAGGAGCUCUUAGAUUCAGUUCACUUGUUCGUGUUUCAGUCUUGAAAAAGAAAAAGAAGGCGAAACUUAGAGAUUGCUCUGGAAAUGCCGAGAUUAGCGGUGGAGAAGUCAGUUUUCGUGGUCUGGAGUUUGACGCAGAGAAACCCACAUCGAAGGAGAAGGAAGUUGUGCAGUUGAGUGAUGAAGAGGGAGAUUCCAUUACGAAAGAUUCAAGCUUUAAAGAAGUUAAAGUGGGUGAAAAUAAGGUUGAGGUAUGUUGUACUACUUGGGGUCUUAGGAAUGAUGAAAAUGGGAUCAACUCGAGACUAUCAUUGCUUGAUCGAUCUCCCCGUAAGGUGAAAAAGCAAAAGCCUCGAGUGGGUGAAAAUUUGGUUAAGCAAGAAUCUACAAGUUGGGGUCUUCGAAAUGAUAAAAAUGGGAUCAACUCGAGACUAGUCUUGCGUCGUCGGUCUCGCCGUUUGGCGAAAAAGCAUGUUGAGGUUUCAAAUGAAACUUUUCUACCGCUUACCAAGGAUGAAGAAGCUAAAGUCAGACGUACACUCUCUGGGAGAGAUAGAACGAAGGUCUUGGCUUCGCAUGAAAACUCCAACAUUGAUAUUACUGGAGAAACUUUACAGUGCCUCAAACCGGGUGCUUGGCUUAACGAUGAGGUCAUCAAUCUCUAUCUCGCUUUGCUGAAAGAGAGAGAGACUAGAGAACCUCAUAAGUACUUAAAGUGUCAUUUCUGCAGUACCUUUUUUUACAAAAAGCUAGCAGCAGGCCGUUCCGGUUACAAUUACGCAGCGGUCAAGAGAUGGACUACACAGAGAAAGCUGGGAUAUAAUCUUACGGAUUGUGAUAUUAUAUUUGUUCCGAUCCACGGACGUUUACAUUGGACCCUGGCAGUGAUUAACAUCAGAGAAAGCAAGUUCCAGUACCUUGAUUCACUACAAGGAUUUGAUCCUACGAUAUUUAAGUCUCUGGCUAAGUACUUAGUGGAUGAAGUGAAGGACAAGAGUCAAAAGAAUAUAGACGUUAGUUUAUGGGCAACGGAACGUGUUAAAGACCUUCCUCUACAACAAAAUGGGUACGACUGUGGGAUGUUUAUGCUUAAAUACAUAGAUUUUUACAGUAGAGGACUGAAGCUAAGUUUUAGCCAGAAGGACAUGGCAUACUUCAGGUUAAGAACAGCAAAAGAGAUACUGAGUCUGCGAGCCGACUAA